UUGCUCGAUCGCUCACCGAGGGACGAUCUCGACAUUCCAUCUUCAUCCAGCUUCCUAAUUUCUUUCUUUCUCUUUCCCAAAUCCCGUCAACUUGUUAGUCCUUUUCAACGCUAUGGUGCAGACGAGGUUUACGUCGUGACCAUGGCGAACUUCGUGUACAAUAGCCAACUCGAUGCCUUUGAACUUUUCCAUCUGGUCCAAGAAGAAGAUGCAGUGCGCUCCUCUUCACGACCAGCGAGAUCCCAUGCCCUGGAGGCCCUAGGCCACGCUCUCUCGGGCUCCCUUGGCGCCGCAAUCUCCAAUGCAACGCUCUACCCUGUUGACCUCAUAAUAACCCGCCUCCAGAUACAGCGCCAACUCCGCAAAGACCAGUCGCGUCCUAGUCAGGAAGAGUACAAAGGAUUCUUCGACGGCCUCCGGAAGAUCUACCGCAAUGAAGGAGGGAUAGCAGGAUUGUAUACGGGACUGCUGCAAGAUACGGGCAAAACGAUUGCGGAUUCUUUUUUGUUCUUUCUGAUAUACUCCUUUUUGAGAGAUCGCCGGAUCGCCAAGCAUACGAAAUUGAAUGGUGGCAAGAAAGUCAGUCUACCGGCGCUGGAAGAGUUGGGCGUCGGAUUCGUUGCUGGAAGUUUCACGAAGCUGGCAACAACCCCGAUUGCGAACAUAGUCACAAGGAAACAAGCUGCUGCGUUACUGAGGGCUUCGGAAGAAGGACAGCAAGAGUCUGCUACCACGACACCGACGAGGACGCCCACAGCCCGACAAAUCGCCCAAGACAUCCUUUCGGAGAAAGGCCCCAUGGGAUUUUGGUCCGGGUAUUCGGCGAGUCUGGUCCUCACCCUCAAUCCGACAAUCACUUUCUUUCUGUUUGAAACGCUCAAAAAGAUUCUCCUCCGCAGAGAAAUAAGGCACAACCCCCCACCGAGCCUCACGUUCCUCCUAUCCGCGAUCAGCAAAGCUUGUGCCUCUUCAAUCACAUAUCCUUUUAGCCUCGCAAAGUCCCGCUUACAGGCCGGCGGCGCUUCCUCGCAGAAGGAGGAUCAGGAUGAAAAGGAAAUUAUCAGCGAAGACUUCAAACAUGAAGAAACCAGAAAAGCCGCUCGAGCUACAAUCUUUAGCACAGUCCUCACCAUUGCACAGACUGAAGGUAUCAGUGCCCUGUACGAGGGCUUACAUGUUGAGGUAUUGAGGGCAUUCUUCUCCCAUGGCAUCACCAUGCUGGUGAAGCAAAUCAUCCAACGCUUCCUCGUCAAAGCUUACUACCUCGUGUCUAUCAUUCUUGGACGCUACAAGAAGCGCCGCGAUGCAAGUGCGAAACGCUUGGCAGAGAAAGCCAAAGCUAGUGUCGAAUACUACAAUCUUGCAAUGGCGCGGGCGUCCGAGAAGAUUGAGGAGGCCGCCGAGAAAGUCAAGGAAAGCGUCGGAAAGAAGGCGAACGAAACAGCAGAAUUUGUCGGGGAGUAUGUAGAGGAGGAUGACGAGCUGGGGGAGAAGUGGAAGGAGCUGUACGGGACAGUGGGAUUGGCCAGAUGGUUCGAUAAGGUGAGUGAUGAGAGGUGAAGCGUCCCUUUGCAUGGAUCAUUGCAGACGGACGUACCAGCUGGUGCAUGUAUGGAGGGGAAGGGGGGGGGCCUUCAGAGCAACAUGUACUCGCAGAAAAUGGGCGGGUGGGCGGCGCAUAUUGAGUGGUGGGGAUUGAAACUUGUCCCAGAGUAUCGACAGAUCCUGUUCGAAGGGCUGAAAACAUUUGGUUCUUGUCUACCGAUACUUGACCUUUUGUCCUCCUCUUUUCUCCAUCUUUGUCUGUCUCUUACUUUGCGCGAUAUCAUCGCCCUCUGCGCCGCCUCCGGCCAGUCCUCCCAUCAUGCCCUUGACACCCUGUGCAGCCCCAACAACACAGUAUACAGCAUAUGCAGGAACUACUAAAUAGACCCACCAUCCGCGAUUCCCGAAAAUCAUGACAACAA